ACCGGGAUCCCGGUGCCAGGUCUUCCAGAAACGGCAGGGCGAAGCGCCCAGGGACUUGUGCGUCCCUCCCUGCUGAGCGAGCGGUCCUGUCAUUGCCAUGGGCACGACCCAGACCCCAACCCCAGUGCAUCCCGCCCUGGCCCCGCCAGAGAAGGAAGCCAAGUCUCGGGUCUGCUGGACCGGCGGGGACUUACCGGCAGGGUGUGAAGCAAGACUCUCCGGGCCACUCCCAGAAUCACCCAGCAGAUAAAGGCGGCCCCACCACUGCGCACUCCUAGCGGUCCCCGCGCCCCUGCCGCUAUGUCCCGUCGCCCCGCGCUGCUCGCCUGGGCUCUCCUCAGCCUCCUUCGACUCGAAGAGGCUCAGAAGACAGAAACCCCGGCCUGCUGCAGCCCCAUAGUGCCACGGAGGGAGUGGGGGGCCCUGGCGUCAAAGUGCAGCACGCCCCUGAGCCAGCCCGUGCGCUACGUGGUGGUGUCGCACACGGCGGGCAGCAGCUGCAACACCCCAGCCUCGUGCCAGCAGCAGGCCCAGAAUGUGCAGCACUACCACAUGAAGACACUGAAUUGGUGCGACGUGGGCUACAACUUCCUGAUUGGAGAAGACGGGCUCGUGUAUGAGGGCCGUGGCUGGGGCUUCAAGGGAGACCACUCGAGUCACCUCUGGAACGCCAUGUCCAUUGGCAUCACCUUCAUGGGCAACUACAUGGAUCGGGUGCCCCCAGCCCGGGCCCUCCGGGCAGCCCAGAGUCUACUGGCCUGCGGUGUGGCUCAGGGAGCCCUGAGCUCCAAAUAUGAGGUCAAAGGGCACCGGGAUGUGCAGCCUACGCUCUCUCCAGGCGACCAGCUCUACAGCAUCAUCCAGAACUGGCCACACUACCGCGCCUCCUGAGGCCGUGCUGGGCGGCACCCCAUUCCUCUCCUCCCACGGCCAAAACCCCACUGCCGCCUCCUUCAAUAAAGGUGCAGCUGCAGCUCAAAAUGUA